AUGAAUGCACAAUUAUUUUACGGUAGUUUGCAAUACGUGAACGAAAUCGAUGAUCCGUUUCAAAGUGAUGAUUACAGCAUAGCCGAUUCCGAAGACGAAGUUGUUGAAAAUCAAAAAAUCCAAGAGGAAGAUGUUUAUAUUUCGGAGACCGAUGAGAGUAGUUCCGAUGACAUCUGUGAAAAGCCGUGCACUUCUAAAGCAAAGCCAAAGACAGUGCCAAGAAAAAAGACAGAAGCACAGAUAUGGAAAGCUGGUCACUUACCACCGUAUUUGAAUGAGACCUUUCCAUUUCAAGGAAAUACCAAUCUUUCAACUUGUAUCAAUGAACUGGAGACACCGGCAGACUUUUUUAAUUUUUUUUUCAACGACGAUCUGAUGAAUUUCUUGGUUGAUCAGUCAAAUCUAUAUGCACUCCAAGUUGAUAUAAAUAAGCCCGCUGGUAUUACUCGAAGUGAAGUAGAUCAAUUUAUAGGCAUGGUCAUAUACAUGUCGUUGGUACAAUUACCAUCUUCAAGUAAUGCAUACAUGCAUACAGAGCCAUAUAUGGCAAACUCUGGAAUCAGCUGAAUGCAUACAAAGCCAUAUAUGGCCCCAUUUCCCCCACCCCAAACUAUGCCCCAAAAAAAAAAAAAAAAGUCCAAAUAUAUAUUAUUUUGACCUAA